GGCAUUACGUGAGAACGUCACCAAGAAAUAAUAUUCAAUGGAGAAGCAUCACAUCACAGUUUUCUGUAAACACAUACUUGCGUGACCCGUUUACGUCUAGAUAUUUACAAUUGUAACAGUGGCAAGUAUGACGGAAAUGUUCUCAACUUUAUUUGGACAAAAUGAAACUCAGGGACCACCCGGUUCGUCUACCCUCGGAUUCGGACCUGGGAAACCUCCGCCGCCUCUCCCGCAAAAUCAAGUCUCUGUGGCAGGGCAGAUGGCACCACAGCUCGGGGAUGAGGGGCCUCCUCUGCGGAAGUCUGGAGCCAUGAAUGAACCCUUCUAUUUAUUACGAGAACUACCCGUUGGGAACGAGUUAACUGGGAACACCAACCUCAUCACGCACUACAACCUGGAACACGCCUACAACAAGUUCUGCGGGAAGAAGGUGAAGGAGAAGCUCAGCAACUUUCUCCCAGAGUUACCAGGUAUGAUCGACUGUCCCGGGAAUCAAGAUGGGAGCUCAUUGAGAUCCCUGAUCGAUAAGCCACCAGUGUCUGGAAACUCCUUCAGUCCGCUCACCGGCGCUUUGCUAACAGGCUUCAGACUACACACUGGGCCGCUCCCAGAGCAGUACCGGCUGAUGCACAUACAGCCACCAAAGAAGAAGAGCAAGCACAAGCACAAACACCAUCGCCCGCAAGACCCAUUACCACAAGCGGAAACGCCGUCAGAUACCGACCCCAAAAAGAAGAAGAAAAAGAGGGAUGACGAUCCAGAUCGCAAGAAGAAGAAGAAAGAUAAGAAAAAGAAGAAGAACCGCCAUAGCCCUGAUCAUACUGGCCUGCCUGGCUCACAACCCAACAGCAACAGCCUCAGAUAGGCCCUAGUCCGUGUGUGCGUGCGUGCGUGCGUAUGUGUGUCACCCGUACUAUUCAAAGUAUGCGAUUGUGAAAGAACAGAUUGGCUGGAAACUGGAAAUGUUUGUGUGAUGCGUUCAGGAGCAGUGGGCACAACAACACUUUGGACUCUUUUUGACGGCAAGCUGUGAGCUGUGUCCCUUUUUGACUUUAUUGUGAUAAUGUUUUACCCUAUUUCCAACACAAACUUUUGUUACAAUGAUUAAUGCUUGCUUCAGGAUAUGCCUCAUAGCUUAGAUUUCUCAACCGUACGGCCAGGCGCAUAGUCAGGUCUGCAAGGAUUCAUAAUCAAGAUGAAUAAGAAUUCACCUGAAUGCAGAAUUUGGUCAGGGUAUGAAUGUUUUUGGGCAUACCUGUGCAUAUGGUGACACCGAGCCACGUUGCUGUGAAUUUCUAGGCUUAAAUCCAUUGUAAAUAAAUCCUCUUUUACACAAAGUCUUACUUCAUCCAUGUAUUUAUUUAUCAAACUCACAAGCUGGUUAAAGUUAUUGUUGUAUCUAGUAUUAAUUACUUUAAGCAUGAUUACAUUAGCUGCUGUACAUGAUUGAUGAUAUACAGAGUAAAGAAAAAGAUCAGAGGUGUUGAUCAGAUGUCAUGUGCAAAAGCAGCCCUUCUUGACUUCGCAGAUAAUAACAAGCUUUGUUAUCCUCUCAGUUAUGCUGGUGAUAUCUAUUUUGACUUUCUGAAAGUUCACAGGAAUGAUACAUCAACACCACUGACACUUUAAAUGUUACUCCACGCACAUGUGUAUUUUACUUCUAGGUGUCGUCCAGUUUUUCCACAUACAGUUGCUGCAACUUUGACGAUGCAGCUUACGGUCCCAAAUACAUUGGAUUUAGUUUGGCACAGUUUUUGUUUUCAAGUCAGCGUUGCCAUGGAGCCAAAUGUCAGGGAAAGGCACCCAAGUUUAGACAAACUACACAAUGCAUGUAUUGCAUAAAGGAAAGAAAAUGCGUACAGUAAAUGCAUCACAUCUAAAAGCAGCCGUAAAACCAACAUGUAAGGACAAUGAAAUGCAUCGUCAAAACAAAUCAUCUUUUACAAAGUGAUUGGACAAGCCCAAACUCUACUGUUGCAUAGUACAAUGACUUGCAGACUUGAGUGCUCCUCAUCUAUCUGAAAAUUACACAAAAUUAAUUGAAGCACAGCAAGCAUCUUCUGGUCAAGUCACUGCAACACAUACUGGACACACAUAUGGUAAAGAAAGUAGAAUAUGUCAUUUAGCAAAACACUCAAAACUAUGUACAGAAAGUUAAUUGUUUUGGCCGGAUUGUUACUCGCGAAUCAACACGUCAUGACAAGAAAAGCAACAUGGAGCAAAGCAUAUGCAGGCAAUCAUCUUGGCAGGCUACAAAACAUUUGCUGGUCAAACAAAUGCUUCCCUUUUGAAUUCUACUGCAUCUAUAGUAUGAAAACACACUGAAUACGUAUUUUAUACACACACCAUCUCAUUUCUGUGCAUAAAGCAGUACAAAGUGCCGAAACAAAACAACAUUAACACACAAUGUGUACUUGAAUAAUCACUCUAGGAUUCCUAUGGUUAAAUCAGCUCCACUUGGAGUCAUAUGAAAGGAGACAAGUUCACUGAUUAAAUGAUUCUGUUUUGGGGAAUUCAUAUU